UUGCCGGGGUGACCGCGUCCCGCGCCGCGCCGCCGUUACCGAUGUCGAGGCUGAGACUGAGGCCCCGGGAGGCGGCGACGGAGCGGAGCCGAUGGCGCAAGCAGAACACUCCCAGCCGGGGCUGGAGGACGAUGGGGCGGAGGGAGAGGGGCGUGUUUCCGGCCAGCGCAUCAGCAGCCGUCUUCCGGUCUUGCUUCGGCGCCGCGGGCGUCUGGCGGAGCCGCGGUACCAGCUGAGGCGGGCAGCAUCUGCCGCCCAGGGCGACGCGGCCACCGGGCACCCACCGUGGGGUUCCGACGGGGAGGAGGGAGACGACGAGGAGGAAGUGGAGGAGGACUGCGAGGCGCCGCGCUCCGCCGCCGCCAUGCGGAACAUCUUCCGCUCCAUCCCCACGCAGAUGGACUAUAAGGGCCAAAAACUGGCAGAACAGAUCUUUCAAGGAAUCAUUCUUGUCUCUGCAGUAAUUGGUUUCAUCUAUGGUUACAUCACUGAACAGUUUGGAUGGACUGUCUACAUAGUUAUGGCUGGAUUUGCUUUAUCAUGCUUGCUAACACUCCCUCCAUGGCCCAUGUACCGCCGCAAUCCUCUGAAGUGGUUACCUGUCCAAGAGUCAGGAACAGAAGAAAAGAAGGCAGGAGACAGAAAGCCAAAGAGACAUGCUAAAAGCUAAAAAAUGUGGUUCUCUGUGUUGGAAUUUUGUUAAAUUGUAUUAAAUCCAUUUCCACUGGGAGAUACA